GAUCAGCUCUGUGGAUAUUCCAGGGCACAUGAGGAAUGACUUUGCAAUUCACAAAAAGUAUAUUGCCAGCGCAUAUCGUAACACCGUAACUAGUUACCGCCACGGGAGUCCGCAAUUCACCAUGACUACGCACAACACUACUAAUACGAGAUUUCAGUAGCCGAUGUCCACCACAUCAGCAUUUAGUCACUGCAUGCGCGAGACCGAGGCGCGGUUCUUGUGCCUACUUUGCGCUAAAUAAAACACCCGCUAUCACACUGGCGACUGAGCUAUUACCAGUACUUCAUAAAUCGCUGAACUGGCAGUGGUACCGUACCUGGUGCACCAAUAUUUGCAAGGAAUUGAAUGCCCACCCAGGAAUUCUAAAUAGUAAUCUUAACAUGGAGCUUGGCAAACUCUUAAAGCGAAUGAAGUACUCCGGGCCCACCAAACCAGCAGAUUUAAACUUACUAAAUGAAUUGUGCAUACACUAUGUAUCAUCCAUCCCAUAUGAAAAUCUUGAUAUUUUUGGAGGAAAAAAGAGAGUCCAUGAUCUGCCUACAAUAUAUGAAGAAAUUGUAAUGAAAAACAGAGGCGGGAUGUGCAUUGAAUUAAACUCUCUUUUACACUGGAUGCUGAGCAAAAUUGGAUUUGAGGUAACUAUGUGUAUGGCAUAUAGUUUAGAUGAAAAUGAUGAUGUUGAGAAAUUUGUUAACCAUAUGGUACUGCUUGUAAAAUUUGAUACAGAUGACAUAUGGUUGGUGGAUGUGGGAUAUGGUGGUUUGAGUUUUGUAUUUCCAUUGGAAAUGAAAAAACUAGCACAGGAACAAAGUCAACCAAAUGGUGUUUAUAUGAUUACAAAACGUGAAGGAAUUCAUGCUGUUGAAAAGAAGCGGCAAGUACAGCUAAGUAAAGAUGGGCAGAAGGUUCCAUCCACACGUAAUAAUCUAAAUCAGCCAAUUAGUAAAUACCAAACUAGCAGAGAUUGGGAAUUGAUGUUUGUAUUUCGAACAGAGCCAAAGAGUUUUAAUGACUUUCACCAUGCAAGUGAAUAUGCCAAAACUUCUCAUCCAUGGUGUACUAAAAACUCGACAGUAGUCCUUCAAGAUAGAGAACGUAGAGUUUUUCUUGUUGGGGACACGCUUGUAGAAAAAAGGUAUGUAGACCCAAUGACAGUGAGAGUUGUUGAAAUUCAAAAAUAUCACAAGACUGAAAUACCUGAGAUUUUAAAGAGUAAGUUCGGAAUUGUUUUAAGCUAUAAAUUGCAGCCAGAGUCGCAAAUGACAUGGUUCAUGAUGUAGACAAAAAUAUGCAAUUAAUUAAUAGUCAUUUAGCACGAGUGUGCAUGGUACAUUUAUUUACUAUGUAUCGCAAUUUUGAUGAUACCGCUAGUCUGCUGUUCAUCCUUCACGAGAUAUAUUCAUUGCAAUUGCUAAUGCAUUUUAGUUUAACCGCUGAUGCCUAGGAGUGAUGAUUAUUCUUAUGAUGCUAUUUACUAUGCAUAAAUUUGAUGUAUCACUUUUAAUGUAUGUUUAUCUGCCUCAAUAAAUGUAUAAUAAAUACAAAUUACUACCACGA